AUGGUGUCAGUGGAGGCCAUGUGGGGAGCAGCAAUGACAAACUCCGAUCCUCUCCAGUCAAGGAUGUACAGCCUAGAGGGCAGCCAGAACGCAGUUGCCUCCUACCUGCUGGACAACCAUGGAGGCAACUCCUGCCCCAGCACUAAGGACAUCAAGAAGACCCUGGACUGUAUGGGUAACGAGGUGGAUGAAGACCGGGUCAGCAAGGGCAUCAGUGAGCUGAACAGAAAAAACAUUGACGAUGUUACUGCCCAGGGUAUUGGCAAGCUUGCCAGUGUGCCCACUGGUGGGGCUGUGGCCACCUCUGCUGCCCCAGGCUCUGCAGCUGCUGCUGCUGGUUCUGCCCUUGCUACAGCUGAGGAGAAGACAGGUGAGAAGGAGGAGGAGUCCAGAGAGUCAGACGAUGAUGUAGGAUUUGACCUGUUUGAUUAA